ACCGAGGGGUUUCUCACCGGGCAUCCUCCGCAACAUAACGAGAUAAAAGAUAAGAUGGCCACCUCCUCCUCCACUCUGGAAGACGACGAGAGUUUGAAGGGCUGUGAAAUUUUUGUGCAGAAGCACAACAUCCAGCAGAUCCUCAAAGAGUGCAUAGUGAACCUCUGCAUCGCUAAGCCUGAGCGUCCUAUGAAGUUCCUGAGGGAGCAUUUUGAAAAGCUGGAGAAGGAAGAAUGCAAGCAAAUCAUGGCACGUCAGAAGUCUAACAGCCAGUCAGAUUCACAUGAUGAUGAAAUUUCUCCCCCACCGCCAAACCCAGUUGUCAAGGCCCGGCGCCGCAGAGGAGGGGUCAGUGCCGAGGUCUACACCGAAGAGGAUGCUGUCAGCUACGUCCGCAAGGUGAUCCCAAAGGACUACAAGACCAUGACCGCCUUGGCCAAAGCCAUCUCCAAGAAUGUGCUGUUUGCUCACCUGGACGACAAUGAGAGAAGUGACAUAUUUGAUGCCAUGUUUCCCGUCACUCACAUCGCAGGAGAAACAGUCAUCCAGCAAGGCGACGAAGGAGACAACUUCUAUGUUAUUGACCAAGGCGAAGUGGACGUGUAUGUGAACGGCGAGUGGGUGACCAGUAUUGGAGAAGGGGGCAGCUUUGGAGAGCUGGCCCUGAUCUAUGGAACUCCCAGAGCUGCCACUGUCAAGGCCAAGACUGACCUCAAGCUGUGGGGUAUCGACCGGGACAGCUACCGACGUAUCCUCAUGGGUAGCACACUGCGGAAGAGAAAGAUGUACGAAGAGUUCCUCAGCAAGGUCUCCAUCCUUGAGUCCUUGGACAAGUGGGAACGUCUGACUGUAGCCGAUUCUCUGGAACCAGUUCAGUUCGAGGACGGAGAGAAAAUAGUUGUGCAAGGAGAUCCUGGGGAUGACUUCUUCAUUAUCACAGAGGGAAUAGCCUCUGUUCUACAGCGCCGGUCUGACAACGAGGAGUACGUGGAGGUUGGACGCCUCGGACCCUCAGACUACUUUGGUGAGAUUGCUCUGCUGUUGAACCGUCCCAGGGCAGCCACCGUAGUCGCCCGCGGCCCCCUGAAGUGUGUGAAGCUGGAUAGACCCCGCUUCGAGCGUGUGCUGGGGCCGUGCUCAGAGAUCCUCAAGAGAAACAUCCAGAGAUACAACAGCUUCAUCUCCCUCACCGUGUGA